GCAUUCACAUUUGACUAUCAUCAUUGACUUCGAUGGAACCAAUAAACCGUUUCUAAGGGACCAGACAAGGACUUCAUCCAAACAUUUUAUUGGGUUGUUCAAUCUCUGUAUUUUGUGUCCCUAAACAAACUCCAAAGCAGCCAAAAGUUUCAUAUGUGAGCUAAGAUGGCACACCAAGGAUGGUUUUACCAUGUUUUCUUGAGCUUCCGAGGCGAAGACACCCGAAAAACUUUCGCUGGCAACCUCUACAGUGCUCUUGAUCAAAGGGGAAUCAACACUUUCAUAGACAAUGAAGCUCUAAGAGUUGGAGAAGAGAUAUCACCAUCUCUUCUCAAGGCAAUAGAAGAGUCAAGGAUCUCCAUCAUCAUAUUCUCCAAGAACUAUGCUUCCUCCAGAUGGUGCCUCGACGAACUUGUGAAGAUCCUUGAGUGUAGGAAAGAAAAGGGACAGAUGGUUUGUGCAGUUUUCUACAAUGUGAGUCCAGCAGAUGUGAGGCACCAGAAAGGAAGCUAUGGAGAAGCUUUUGUUAAGCACGAGGAAAGAUUCAAACAUGACAUGGAGAGGGUGCGAAAAUGGAGGUCUGCUUUGUCUGAAGCAGCAAACUUGUCUGGCUGGCAUUUCACUAAUGGGUAUGAAUAUAAAUUCAUCCAAACAAUAGUGGAUGAAGUAUCCCAAAAGUUGAAUCGCAUUCCACUAAAUGUAGCUAGACACCCUGUUGGACUCCAAGCUCGUGUAUCGGAAGUGUACUCACUGUUAGAACCUGGAUCUGAUGAUGUUAGAAUGGUUGGCAUUUAUGGGAUUGGUGGAAUUGGUAAAACAACUAUUGUCAAAGCUGUUUAUAACACACUAUGUGAUCAAUUUCGAUAUGCGAGUUUUCUUGCGAAUGUCAGAGAAAAUACAAGCCAUAGGUCUGGCUUAGUCAAACUACAAGAAAGGCUUCUUUAUGAGAUACUUGGAGAGAAAGCAACAAAGUUGGGAAAUGUUGACAUAGGAAUCAAUAUCAUAAAAGACAGGUUGUGCAGAAAAAGAGUUCUUCUUGUAAUCGAUAAUGUGGAUGAUGUGGAUCAACUACAAGCAUUAGCUGGAGGAUUGGAUUGGUUUGGUCCUGGAAGUAGGAUUAUCAUAACUACAAGAGAUAAGCAUUUGUUAACUGCUCAUCAAGUUGAUUUGACUUAUGAGGUCAAGAAAUUAAACCAUCAUGAAGCUCUUCAACUAUUCAGUUGGAACGCCUUUAAACGAAGUGAGCCUGAUGCAAGUUAUUUCCACAUUGCGAAUCGUGCAGUAGCUUAUGCAGAGGGUCUUCCACUAGCAUUAACAGUAUUAGGCUCUGAUAUGUGUGGUCGAAGCAUUCGUCAAUGGGAAUCUGCGUUGGAUAAAUACAAGAGAAGUCCUAAUAGGAAAGUUCAGAAUAUACUUAGAAUAAGCUUUGAUGGGUUGGAUGAAAAUGAAAAGGAAAUUUUCCUCUAUAUAGCCUGUUUCUUCAAAGGACAGAUAAUGGAAUAUGUAGUAAAAGCAUUGCGUGCUUGUGAUCUGCACCCAGCAAUUGGUAUUGCAGUACUUGUUGAUAAGUCCCUCAUAACAUUGGAUGAAAAAUUUGUACUGUCUAUGCAUGAUCUUGUCCAAGACAUGGGUAAGGAAAUUGUUAGGCAAGAAUCACCACUAGAUCCUGCAAAUCGCAGCCGGUUAUGGUACUAUGAGGAUGUGCUUCAAGUACUGACUGAAGGGAUGGGAAGUGAAAAGAUUCAAGGUAUAAUGCUAGACCUACCAGAAAAGCAAGAGGUGCAGCUAAGUGAUCAAGACUUCAGGAAGUUGAAAAACCUUAGAAUGCUAAUAAUUCGUAAUGCUGAAUUUUCUGGAGGCCAUGUACAUCUACCAAGAAAUCUAAGGCUGCUUGACUGGAAGGAGUACCCUUCACCAUCUUUACCAUCUGAUUUCCUUCCUGAGAAAAUUGUAAUGCUGGAACUGCAGCACAGUCAUCUAUAUACACUGGAAGAGUCAUUCAAGAAGUAUGCAUAUCUGACUUCUCUGAAUUUCAGCUCCUGUGAGUCCCUUUCGAAAAUACCUGAUGUUUCUGGGAUCCCAAAUUUGGAGCAAUUGAUUCUCGAAGAUUGUACAAGUUUGGUUGAUAUUCAUGAAUCUAUUGGAUCACUUGAUAAGCUUGUUUAUUUGGGUGUUGAAAGGUGCACUGAACUGAAGAACUUACCAAGUGUCCUAAAGUUGCCAUCUUUAGGAUGCAUUGCUCUUAAUGGUUGUUCUCAACUUGAGAAGUUUCCAGAAUUGUUGGGAGAAAUGGAAAAUUUGAGAAUUAUUGAGGUGGAAGAGACUGCAUUACAAGAAUUGCCUUCUUGUAUCAUCAAUUUCAGCAGCCUUGAGGUUUUAGUGCUGAAAUGUUGCUCAAAUCUAAAGGAACUUCCUAUAAACAUUGAUAUGUUGCCAAAUCUUCAGUUACUUGAUAUGUCUGGCUGUCCACAACUUCAACUAUUUACAAAGAAGCUUAGGAGUUUCAGCACACAGAAUUGCUCAACUAUGCCAGCAGAAUCCGACAAGGGUUCGCCAAAUCUAGAGCUACUACCAUCACCACCAUGUCUAGAUCCAAUCUCUCCUAGCAUCCAUUCGUCAUAUGGCUUCCCUUUGUUGGAAAACCUUGAACUAAGUGACUGCAAUCUAUCAGAUGAAGACCUACAUAUCCUUAGUUGCUUUUCCAACCUUGCAUCCUUAGACAUUUCUAGAAACCAUUUUGUAACCCUUCCCAAAUGCUUCAAUAGACUUUGUAGCUUGCAGGAGCUUUACAUGGCUAACUGCAUGAAACUUCAACAUAUUUCUGGGAUUCCUCCCAAUUUAGAACACAUAGAUGCUACUAGUUGCACCCGUUUGGAAUCACAAUCAUUGGACUUCUUAUUAAGCCAGGGUUUCUCUAAGACAUUCAAAUUUGAGGUUAUAGCACCAAGGCCAAAGAUGAAAAUGCCAUUCAACUACCAGAGUGAAGGAGGAUCUAUCUCAUUUUGGAUUGGCCAGAAAUUCCCAAGAAUUGCUCUGUGUUUUAUUUUUGGACUAGGAAAUAAAAUUACUGGCUUUUUCUCCUGUGAAGUCCAGCUAUCUAUUAAUGGACAGAAAGCAUCCAAUAGAGUAGAGAGGUUCCUUUCGGUGAUCGGUGAUCUCACAUGGCUAUAUCAUCAAGAUGUAAUGGAUUUCAAUACUUAUUUACUGCAUGAACAAAAUUAUGUUGAAGUUACUUGUGAAAUCAUAGAUGCAAGCAAAGAUGCAGAAGUGACUGUGUACUAUUGUGGAGUUCAUGAGUAUAAGGAUGAUGAGGAUGUCAAGACACAAAAUUUGAUGUUGCACUCAAGUUCAAAUUCUAGUGAUAUCAGGGAAGGUAAUGUUAAUGAUUCCUUGGAUAACACAGGAAGUGAUUGCUGUUCAUUGGCUAGAAAUUUGAGGCUUUAUGAAAUACCAGAUGAACAGUGGAAACAACAUCCAGAUUCAAUAAAUGCCGAAGCGCUCGAAGGUGAUGGAUGCAUGGCAAAGGAAAAUGGAAAAGCUACUGCUAUAAUGUCAGCUGAUGUAGUGCAUCAAAGCAAGGAGUUGCCAUUGUUGCAACUGAAGCAAUAUGAUGAUGUGGUUUGGGAUCCAAUGCUAUUAGAAUGUCAGUUGAAUAGUAUGAAUGAGAAUCUACUCCUCUCUCAUCAUGAUUACCACACAUCAAAAAGCAAAGAAGUUGGACCUAUGAUGGAUAGGGCUCUAGUUCCUCCCAAAGAAAUGAAAACAAAGGCCUUUGAUAAUGCCAUUAAGGAGGAUUUGCUAUCUCAGAAGAAAGUAGGGUUGAAAAUGGAUAAUGUCCUGGAGGAGCCAAAGGAAGAACCUGAGGUUCCCAUUGUUACCAUAAAAAUGGAACAAGAGCUGCAAAAUGAAACCAAGAGCAAUAAGCUUGAUGUGUUUCCAAUGGCACAUAAUACAAGUCAAUUUGACUUCAAUGACAAUAUGGAAGAAUUUUAUGCUACCCUCCAUGCUGAGACCUUUGCUCUAUCAUCUUUAACUUCAAGAAAUACCAGAGAUGAUUCCAAAUUAGCUUAUCCUGAAAUUAGUGAAGAAACUGAGAAAGCAUUGGAAACACUCAAGGAAUUCCUCUCCAAACAAUUUCAUCAACUUUUGUCCUCGGGGUCAUUUUCUUCCAUGAAAGCUGCCUUAGAAAGUCUCUCCACUUUGUCCACAGAUUCUGAUGUCUCUUUGUGUUUAAAAUCUCUAUUACUACAACUUUCAACAGAUUUUGAUCAGUGGAGUUGUGAUUACAUUGACGCAAGUAUGAAACUUGAGUCAUCAACUGCAGGUCUUUCAAACUUAGAUACAUUGGAAGAUAGUUUGAUAGCUAACAAGAACCAGUUCAGUGAAUUUUCAUCCAUAGAAAUUGAUCUUUGCAGCCAGUUGGUUUAUUUAGAACAAAGAAAGAAAGAGCUUGAACAGCAAUUGGAAACCAUUAAAUAUAGUAUCUCCAUCUCUGAAGUGACUAGGGACACUGCCCUUAGUAAGAAAAGAGAAACUUUUGAGGAAGGAAGAAUGUUGAAAGAUCAAAGAGAUCAAUUGAGGAAGCAAAGGCCACGUUUGAGAUCAGAGCAAGAAUCAGCAAAAGCUACCAAAGCAAACAUUGAGGAUGAGUGGUCAAAGAUUAGAGAGAAAUUUGAUGGAAUCUUGAACAUUUUUGGGUCAAAAUAUUGUAACUAGAUACUAAAAUAUACAUACAAUUAAGUUUGCAUUAAGGUUACUUGCUAGACCAGUUUAUGUUCAACAUUCUGAAACGGGUGUAAUUUUUAUUAGUGCAGCUCAAAUAUUUGGAGUGAAGUACAUUUAACAUGUGAGAUAA